AUGGCGGGUACAGGACAUACAUGGCCUAACAGCCAAGAUGACUAUGAACUGCUCGAGGUGAUUGGCGUUGGAGCCACGGCAGUAGUCCACGCCGCGUAUUGCCAACCGCGUGGUGAGAAAUGUGCCAUAAAACGGAUCAAUUUGGAGAAAUGGAACACUUCCAUGGAUGAACUACUGAAGGAGAUACAGGCUAUGUCAAGUUGCAACCAUGAAAAUGUUGUCACAUAUUACACAAGCUUUGUAGUGAAGGAAGAACUGUGGCUAGUCCUAAGACUCCUUGAAGGCGGCAGCUUAUUGGAUAUUAUUAAGCACAAAAUGAGAAUUGCCAACUGCAAACAUGGUGUUUUUGAUGAGGCCACCAUUGCGACUGUUCUAAAAGAGGUGUUAAAAGGGCUUGAAUAUUUCCACCAAAACGGGCAAAUACACAGAGACAUCAAAGCCGGCAACAUCCUCCUCGGCGACGACGGCACAGUUCAGAUUGCCGAUUUCGGAGUAUCAGCUUGGCUGGCAACUGGCAGAGACCUGUCUCGGCAAAAAGUUCGGCACACAUUCGUCGGCACUCCCUGCUGGAUGGCGCCCGAGGUUAUGGAACAAAACCACGGCUACGAUUUCAAAGCAGACAUCUGGUCGUUCGGCAUCACUGCCAUAGAGAUGGCCACCGGCACAGCGCCGUACCACAAGUACCCCCCGAUGAAAGUGCUAAUGCUGACGCUGCAAAACGACCCGCCAACCCUUGACACGGGCGCGGAGGAGAAAGAUCAGUACAAGGCGUACGGGAAGACAUUCAGGAAAAUGAUAUCGGAAUGCCUACAGAAGGAUCCCACGAAGAGGCCGUCCGCCACCGAGCUCCUGAAGCACUCGUUCUUCAAAAAGGCAAAGGACCGCAAGUACCUCGUCCAGACGCUCGUUACGAUCGGACCUAGUAUGGAGACGCGUGUGCACAAGGCGAGCAAGCGCCAACCGGGCGCUUCGGGCCGUCUGCACCGGAUGGAGACUGGCGAGUGGGUGUGGGAGAGCGAGGAAGAAGACGACGACGAGGAGGGCGAGAGCGGACGGGACCGGCCCAUGAACCAGCUGCCGCGCGCUGACUCGUCGGACAGCGAUAGCGAAGCAGAGGGCGGCGCCGGAUUCACUAUCGGCUCGAUACGCGCCGGCGACGCACCGCAGAUAGACCUGGUGCUCAGGAUGCGAAACGCCCGCAAGGAGUUAAACGACAUUCGGUUCGAGUUCGCACCGGGCAAGGACUCCGCCGACGGCAUCGCAACGGAGCUGGUGGGCGCCGGUCUGGUCGCGGCCUGCGAUGCAUCGGCGAUCGCUUCGCAGCUGCAGCGGCUGGUGGACGCCAACCUGUUCCCCCCCGCCGGCACCGUCCCGCCCCGCUCGCUCACCUUCCGCCUGGACUCGGCCGACCCCGCGGAACCCCUGGACGAGAAAGGCCUCGUCGGCUACGCUCAGAUAUCGAUCGUAGAC